CUCUUUUUCGCUCUUUGCCAUUUUAAGUAGUGGUUUUUUUGAUUUUUUUUUUUUGGAUUCUUUAUUCUUUCUUUUUACAAACUCUAAUCCAGGCGAUCUUUUUCCCUUUUUCUUUGCUUAUUUUCAUGUGGAGACGACGUACAGUAAAAGUUCAAGUGCAGCUUCCAGAGCGGGAUGCGCGAAUUCUCGAGAAAUAUGAACGCAAAGUGAAGAAGUUUGACGAAAUGUUCAAAAUAUGUUGUUGCUGGAUCGGUUACGAUGUUUUGCUCGAAUUCAUCCCUAUUGUUGGCAAAGUGAUUUCUUUGUUCUUUGCGUUAUCGCUUUUCAACCUAGCUUGUGAAGCCGACCUUCCUCGAGUACUUCGCAAGCGUAUGUUGUAUCACAUUACCGUUGACUUUCUGCUUGGUUUAAUUCCUAUUCUUGGCAUUUUUCUGGAUAUGCUGUAUCGGGCUCACAGCAAAAAUGCUCGUUUAUUGCGUAAAUUUCUAUUUGAUCGUGCAAGGCAAAACUCGUGCGGCGAGAAUAAUACUCAGGAGAUCAGCGUACCUACCCCAGCACUAACUGACGCGCAAAAUGGACCGUUGUCUCAAAAGAACAACUAACGAGAAUGCGGUUUCUGAAAAAGAAAAAAGAGAAAAAAGUAGUAUACCCUUAAACAAAACAUAUGUUUACUUCCCGUGAUGCGAGUGAAGCGAGGAAGAUUUUGUUGAUGUGAUUGAUAAAGUGUAAAGACAAAUUAAAA